UUUUAAAAAAAUUAAUAAUAAAUUGAAAUAAUUGGUAUUGAGAAAGGAAAUGGGCCUUUUUUCUUUUUUGGUUUUGUACUGAAAGCUUGUUUGGUUUUAGGCUUUUAGCAGGAGGCAGCAGGAAAGUUUGUUGAAAACAUUCAAGAGGCCAGUGUUGAAUUUAAUGAAGUGAAAGAGGAUGAUGAUGAUGAUGAUGAAAGGCAAUUUAAUGGUGGAUGAGAGUUUGUCAGUCUUGACUUGUACAUCUGGAGAAAUAUUAACAAGAAAUGAAAUUACCACCACUGGCCCUAUGUAUUCUCAUCAAUCCUCUGCUUCCACAAAUCAACCGCUACCGCUACCGCCAUCGCCACUGCCACCGCCACCGUCAAAGAGGAAGCGAAAUCUUCCCGGCAACCCAGACCCAGAAGCUGAAGUGAUAGCCUUGUCACCAAAAUCGCUUCUGGCAACGAAUAGAUUCAUAUGUGAGAUCUGUAAGAAAGGGUUUCAAAGAGAUCAGAAUUUGCAACUCCAUAGAAGAGGACACAAUCUACCAUGGAAGCUAAAGCAAAGAGGCAACAAGGAAGUGAGGAAGAAGGUGUACGUGUGCCCCGAACCGACCUGCGUGCACCAUCACCCGUCGAGGGCUCUUGGAGAUCUAACCGGGAUCAAGAAGCACUUCUGCAGAAAGCAUGGCGAGAAGAAGUGGAAAUGUGAAAAGUGUUCAAAGAGAUAUGCAGUUCAAUCAGAUUGGAAAGCUCACUCCAAGAUUUGUGGCACUAAAGAGUAUAGAUGUGACUGUGGAACCCUCUUCUCUAGGAGGGACAGUUUCAUAACCCACAGAGCAUUCUGCAAUGCCUUGGCUCAGGAAAGUACCAAUUUUAAUAAUAAUAAUCCAACUCCAAAAACAUCCCUUAAUUUCCCAUCUAUUUCCCCUCAUUUUCCUCUUAAAUUUGAACACCAAGACCCUUUCUUUCCUUCUUCUCAAAACCCUAAUAACCCUACUUCAAUCGGAUUCGGGUUACCGGGUCCGGGUCCGGGGCCGGGGCAACCUUUUGCUUCUUGUCCUGCAUGGGAAUUGAAUAAUAAUCAUAAUAAUAAUAAUUCAUGUCCUGCUGAAAUUGCCCCACUUUUUCAUCACGUGAUGGGUUUUGAAGAGGCCUCGUUUGAAGAAGCUCUCAAUGGGAUACUGAUGAAUAAUAAUAAUAGAGGUAAUAAUAAAGACGGUGGCAAAAACGGUGGCGCCGCCGCUGCCGGAGACAUAACGAGGGAUUUUCUUGGGCUGAGACCGGUGGCGGGUAACCAGCCGGAUCAUCCUAUAUUUCAGAAUCAUGAGAUGAUAAAUAACGACAUGUCGAAUUUGGAUUCUCCUUCUCCUUCGACAUUUGGAUUGCACCAGAACCAGAACACGACAUGUUGGCGUCAUAAUUAGUUGUUUUUGUUUUGUUUUUUUUUUGUUUAAUUAAGGUGGGAUCAAACGGGGGACUGGACGGUGAAAAAGUGUAUGUAUUUUUGAGGUAUUUUCAUGCAACAAUCUUCGCUUUGGUCUGAAUUCUCUCUCUACAUUACUUUUUAUUCACAAUAAAUUUAAAAAGGUCAUUAAUUAUGAUCAUCUUAAACAGUA